UGUCGCGAGACCCUUGGUUGAGCACCAGUUCGAACGGAACAACUCCCAUCAUGAAGCUGUUGCUGCUGUGCCUGUGUGUUGCGGUGGCCGUGGCGGCGCCCCAGAACACCGCCGAACUGUUGCGCAUGGACAGCACGCAGAACGAGGACGGCUCAUUCCAGUACGCCUUCGAAACCACCGACCCCAUCUCCGUGGAGACCUCCGGAGCGCCCAAAAAUAUCGGCGAGGAGGUCGGCAUCGCCAUGCAGGGCAGCUACAGCUUCGAGACACCCGAAGGACAGACCAUCACCAUCAACUGGGUCGCCGAUGAGAACGGUUUCCAGCCCUCUGGAGACGCUAUUCCAGUGGCGCCCCAGUGAUGCGUCCGCUCACAUUGUCCCUAACGUUGUAUGACCAUUUGAAAUCCCCAACUUUAGCACGCUGAAGAGAGGAGCAUGCUAUCUUCACGGUUGAAAUACGCGAAGUAGUGAAAAGCCCUCGUGCUGACAUCGCGUUCAGCUUUGUUGGUCGGUCAUCGCGGUCGCAAAAAAGCUUGUUUUGACGAAUGAUGGUACUGAAUUCGUGCGAAUACAACUUGCAUGAGAAAAUUACUGCCUAUUGGUGCGUCCAGGCAAGAAUGCUACGCUGAAAUCACCAUACCUACCAGUGUGGGCGGUUUUAAACCAGGGAGCCGGCAAUCCCGCGCGCUUGCAUAGCUUUUGGCUGGUUUCGGCUUUGCCGCCGAUACUUAGCGGGUAUUGGCGGAUAAUUUGCAUCUAAAUUCAUCUCACUUGUGUUCUGUUUACCACAAAGUUGUCUUAAAUAUAAAAGCGCAUAUUUUUUAUAUAUGUAUAAACCGGAAUUGUUGGUGAUGUCUAUAGAAAGCAAGCUAUUGGUUCGCACGGAAAUGACGAGGUGGGGAAGCUACCAUGCAUUAUGUUUUCCAGCUGUACAAUACAUACCAUUUCA